GCUGCUGGGUUUUAGGUUAGGGUUUAACAGUCUCUUUCUUUCCAGUUUCUUGAGCAAAAAUCCAUCAAGUGCUUUCUAAUCAACCUGCUGCUGGGUUUUAGGUUAGGGUUUAACAGUCUCUUUCUUUCCAGUUUCUUGAGCAAAAAUCCAUCAAGUGCUUUCUAAUCAACCUUUAUUUCUCUUUCUAGAUCAUUCAGUCUCCAUCCUGUAGCAACCUCGUCAGAAGUAAAAAACUAAAGCUUAAAGAAAACUAGGAAAAUGAGCCAAGCUGCCGCGUCCGUACUCGCCAACAUUGCUCGCGCCGCCUUCAGCCUCGGCCUCGGCGCUACUGUCCUCAACUCCUCUCUCUACACCGUUGACGGAGGCCAGCGCUGUGUUCUCUUCGACCGUUUCCGAGGAAUCAUCGAUGAUACUGUCGGCGAAGGGACCCAUUUUUUGAUCCCAUGGCUUCAGAAGCCAUUCAUCUUCGACAUCCGGACUCGCCCGCACACCUUCUCCUCCAUCUCUGGCACAAAGGAUCUGCAGAUGGUGAACCUCACCCUCCGUGUCCUCUCCCGCCCAGAAGUCAACCGCCUGCCGGACAUCUUCAAAACCCUAGGUCUCGAAUAUGACGAGAAAGUCCUCCCUUCCAUUGGCAACGAGGUUCUCAAGUCUGUAGUGGCACAGUUCAAUGCCGACCAGCUGCUUACUGAGCGGCCCCAUGUUUCGGCCCUCGUGCGCGAGAGCCUGAUCCGCAGGGCCAAGGACUUCAAUAUCGUACUCGAUGAUGUGGCAAUCACCCAUUUGUCGUAUGGAGCCGAGUUCUCUAAGGCUGUCGAGCAGAAGCAGGUGGCCCAGCAGGAGGCCGAGAGGUCCAAAUUCGUAGUUGCAAAGGCUGAGCAAGAAAGGCGGGCAGCGAUAAUCAGGGCUGAGGGUGAGAGUGAGUCUGCUAAGCUUAUUUCGGAUGCGACUCAGGCUGCUGGCAUGGGUCUGAUUGAGUUGAGGAAGAUUGAGGCUGCAAAGGAUAAUGCUUCAACUAUGUCUAGGAAUGGGAACGUGAUGUAUCUGCCUGGAAACAACAACAUGCUUCUUGGGCUCAAUCCUGGUCAUUCGUAUUAUAAUCUGGAGAAGGGGUCUUCAAUAUAUGGGUUCUUGUUUAAGAUCAUGCUUGGAGGAAUCUGUCCUUUUGAGAUUAGUUGUUUUUUCAUGUUCUUACUCUGGGCGUCACCCAAGGAUGGAAGAUGGGGCAUGAUUCUCUGGGUUUUCAGCUGGCUGUUGGAUGAAUUUCCCCAAGGUGUCCAUUUUAUUCGAAUUAUUCGAGUAGCGUGAUAAGUUAUAUGAAUAUCUAGCUGAAACCGAAUGAAAUUAUGACUGGUUUAUUAUGGGGAAUAAUUGUAUUCUCUAUUUUGGAUGCUGGGGAUGCAAAAUAAUUUCUUUUGUUAUUGCUCUUUCUUUCAAGGCCAGCCAUUGCUGUUGAAUCUUUGAUAUUUUUGGUGCAUGAGAUAAUGCAGUUGAGUUGAAUUUACCAUGGC